AUGCAAGCAUGCGAAUCGGCCAAGCAGAGGUCGACAUGGACGCGCAGGCGGCGUUCCAAGAUGGUCGACAUCUUUUCAUUUUUGCGCUUCAUUGAUAUUGUUGCUCGCUCAAGUUGCCUGCUGAAGCUCCGGCUUCGCCCUCCGGACCACCUGGAGGUUGGAAGUAUUUCAGCAGCCCAAGAUUUCACUAUUGAUCAAGAUACCAUUGUGUGGAACAAUAGAUUUAAUCAGAUGCUGCCUUGUUCCAAAUGUGUUGAGACAUGCCCUCUAGGACAUAGCAGGAUAGUUCGGCAAGAGGAACCACUCUGCUGCUAUGAUUGCUCUCCGUGUGUGGAAAACAUGAUUUCUAACCAGUCGGAUGCAGUUCACUGUAUCAAAUGCCCAGAAGACCAGUAUGCAAACAAGAACAAAGACUGGUGCAUCCCCAAAGUUAUAACUUUCCUGUCCUAUCAAGAGCCCUUGGGGAUUAUUUUGGUAUUUCUUGUCAUUACCCUUGCCAUUGCCACAAUACUGGUUAUACAGAUCUUUCUAAAGAACUGGAACACUCCCAUCGUCAAAGCCAAUAAUCAAAAUCUCACCUGCAUUCUUCUCAUCUCCAUUCUGCUUUGCUACUUUGCUUCCCUGUUAUUCAUUGGCCAGCCUGGGAAGACGACCUGCCUUUUCCGGCAAACAGCCUUUGGAGUCAUUUUCUCAGUUGCAAUUUCUUGCAUGUUGGCAAAAACUAUCACUGUAUUUCUGGCCUUCAUGGCAAUACAUCCAGGGAACAAGUUGAAAAAAUGGCUGGGGGGAAAAAUGGCCAACUCUAUCAUUUUGUUCUUCUCCCUCUUUCAGCUGGGGAUUUGUAUUGCCUGGCUAUCAAUCUCUGCCCCUUUCCCAGAUGUUGACAUGAACUCGCAGCCUGGGAAAAUCAUCAUGGAAUGUAAUGAAGGUUCUAUCACCAUGUUCUACAGUGUCCUAGGGUACAUGGGCUUUCUGGCCAUCAUCAGCUUCACUUUAGCAUUCUCUGCCAGAAACCUACCUGAUGCUUUCAAUGAAGCCAGGUUCAUCACCUUCAGCAUGCUUGUGUUUUGCAGUGUUUGGAUCUCUUUUCUCACAACUUACUUGAGCACCAAGGGAAAAAACAGGGUAGCUAUUGAAGUCUUUGCCAUCUUGGCUUCCAACACUGGAAUACUGGCUUGCAUCUUUCUCCCCAAAUGUUACAUCAUCUUGCUGAAGCCUGGUUUAAACUCUAAGGAACUUGUAAUGAACAAAAGGAAUUAUUCAUCCUGA